AUGUUUGAGGAGGCACCGGGACCUCCAGACUCGGAGCAGUCCGAGGAUUCUCCGCGAGACACCGUAGCCGAUGCCAGGAAUGUCACACCAACCAACGUAGCCGCAGGCGCACGGUCGGAGGAGGCGCCCUCAUUGAGUUUGAGGGAGCAGGAGGUGCUGCACCUGGUAGCACAGGGUUGGGCGACCACGCGCAUUGCCGCAGAACUGGGCAUCAGCCGACACACGGUGCGCAAUCACGUCCGAAAUCUGCGCCACAAACUCAAUGCGAGCACCAAGCUAACUGCGGUAGUCACGGCUAUCCGCUUAGGCAUACUUGAUAUCGAAGACUGA